GCAUCCUGCGGGGGGAAAAAAGCACACCCAACAGCUUUCCAUAUUCCUCUGCACACAGGCGAUUAUUCCUCUUUUUAUUUAUAUUUUUUUUAAAAAGGGGGAUUUUUCUUUUUCAAUGAAGAGGACACGUCCGGCUGCACGGCCACAGUCCGGCUGUCUGUGACCGCGCAGGCUGCUCGAUCGUUUAUGAUUUAUCGAGAUGAUAUGAAUGUCAACCGGUCAAGGUCCGGUGUCCCGAUGCCACGGCUGGAUUGUCGAGCUUCUGCCGGGAAACAUCUGCCGCAAGCGUUCGGAUGAUUUUUUUUUCUUUCUGCGAAUCUGCAAACAGUGAAGGGAUCCAGAUUGGGAAUGACACGCUGCGGUAAUAUUAUGGAUUAGAAAACAGUGAUGAUGUGACUGCGACACUUUAAAAAGAGAAAAUGCUUCCCAGCCGUCUGUCACCGAACACUGUUUUUUAAUAAUAAUAAUUAAAAAAAAAAAAAAAGGUUACACUAAAUCCAUCUCCAGCACCAUCGGCUCAUCGUUUUUGCAGCAGAAUAACUCGCACCAAGCCCAAGAUCUGACAAGAGGACACCAUGUCGGCGGUGAUGAUAACGAGAAAGGUGCGAAAAUGGGAGAAGCUGCCGGGGAAAAACACUUUCUGCUGCGACGGCCGGGUGAUGAUGGCCCGGCAGAAAGGAGUCUUCUACCUGACCCUGUUCCUCAUCGUCGGGACCUGCUCGCUCUUCUUCGCUUUCGAAUGUCCGUACCUGGCUGUCCAUCUGUCUCCUGCCAUCCCAGUUUUUGCUGCCGUCCUCUUCCUCUUCGUCAUGGCCAUGCUGCUGAGGACCAGCUUCAGUGACCCUGGGGUGCUACCACGGGCCCUUCCAGAGGAGGCUACGUUUAUCGAGAUGGAAAUCGAGGCUGCCAAUGGGAACGUCCCCGCAGGGCAGCGACCUCCACCUCGAAUCCGCAACGUUCAGAUCAACAACCAGAUCGUGAAGCUCAAGUACUGCUACACCUGCAAGAUCUUCCGACCACCUCGAGCUUCACACUGCAGCAUCUGUGACAACUGCGUCGACCGUUUUGAUCACCACUGUCCAUGGGUGGGCAACUGUGUGGGCAAGAGGAACUACCGGUACUUCUACCUGUUCACCCUGUCCCUCUCCCUGCUCACCAUUUAUAUCUUCACCUUUGACAUCGUCCACGUGGUCAUGCGCUCAGUGGAUAAUGGCUUUUUGAACACGCUGAAGGAAACACCUGGAACUGUCCUGGAGGUGCUGGUGUGUUUCUUCACCCUGUGGUCAGUGGUGGGACUGACGGGCUUCCACACCUACCUGAUCUCCCUCAACCAGACCACCAACGAGGAUAUUAAAGGAUCCUGGUCGGGAAAGAACAGAAUCCAGAACCCUUACAGCCACAAGAACAUCAUCAAGAACUGCUGCGAGGUGCUGUGCGGGCCAACGUACCCGAGCGUCUUGGACAGAAGAGGACUGAUGCAGGAGGAUUCGCCUGUUUCUACAACCUGCACUGCUCCCCCCUCCUCCUCCAGCAUCGCAGCGCCACAAACCACGCAUGCUGUCCUCUGCCUACAGAAAACCACAGCUCCACUCAUCCCCAAUGAGCACACACCUGACGACGCCAAGCCCAGCAUUGCUGCCUCAGCAGAGAAGAGCCCCUCCCCCAAAGAGGAGCUCCCUCCGACUCCGAAGCUCCCGCCCCUGGCUUCACCCGAGACUGAUGCAGAGACAUCCAUCGCCAAGGACAAGACCCAUUAGCUGCAUUAGGGGGCGGCUCCCGUCAGAGCCGCUCCUCCAGCAUCCUGCCUGGUCAGGAACUGAAACAUUAAUAAUCAAUGUCUGAUUACUGUGCGGGUGACUCAGUUAUUCUCCGACUCCCGCCCCUCAUUCCCCCAUGAAGUGAGGAGUUUCUGCUGCAGCUCCUCCUCUUCCCUCCUCUCCUCACCAGUAGCUGCAGAGCUGUGUGAUUGACACUUGAACUCCUGCAGGAGGAGGAGUGAUUAAAUGGAAAGUCAGCAGCUUCCUGUCUCCUGAACACUGCAUGGAAAAGACACGCAGGGGAGAAGCUGCUGGGAGACCUGCAGAAAAACAAACUCUCCGAGUGUUCGACAUGCCCACAAGUUCACCUGUGGGCUUGCUCUGAUUGUCAAUACUACAUUUGUUCUUUAUUUAAAAUUGCAUAAUGACAUUUACUGUGUGAGAGACCAGUUCAAAUAUACUCCUUGCAAGUGUCUGGCAAAGACAGAAGGCGUCACUUCUGGACUUGUGUAAAACUUCAUACUUACGGUCAGUUUCUGUUGUGCAUACAUUACAUGCCCUAUGCAAACCACGAGAAGGCUGGACAAGCAGCUUUGUGAAGAUUGUGGAUGAAAGGGUUUCACCUGUAAUCUGUGAGUACACAUGAUGUCCAGGCAGGAGGAGGACAUGCAAAUCCUUAGCUGAGAAAUCCUAAAGGCUCCUUCCAGGCAAAGUCUACCUUGUAUUCUGAUACUGCUGCAUUCAGUACUGUUGUCACUUAGGUGCAUCUUUUUUCUUCUUUUUUUUUCUAAACUGAUCUCAUCCAGACCGACGCCUGUCCUUCCAUUUUUAUAUAAUCAAGGAUGUAGUGAGACGUCGGCGUUUUGAAACAGAUGAAAUUGCUUUACGCACAGUUCAAGUCUUGCAUCCAGGUGACGUUUGGCCUCAGUGCGUGUGAGAAAAGGCCUGAUGAGCGUAGACACUCGUAAUAACAGUGCCUUAUUGUAACAGUUGCACCAUCUAUAGCAGCUGAGGUCCACCAACAGAGAAGCCCUUGGAACCGUUAUGAUAGUGUUAAAUGAGAAAUGACGUUUAAAAUUCUUCCAGUGGUUCCCAACCUGGUGGUUACGAGAUGAAUGCAAUGGAUCUUUAGAUGGUUAAAGGGAUAGAUUAAUGUUUUGGGAAACAUUUGUUAAAUUUCCUGCUCAAACUUGGAUGAGCAGAUGGAUAACACUCUCUUGUCUGCUGGCUGUAAAAUAUGAAGCUACAGCCAGCAGCUAUUUAGCUUUGCAUGAAGGCUAGAAACAGGGAAACGGCUGGACUGGCUCAGUCCAAAGGCAGCAAUCUGCCUUCCAGGAACACUAAAAUGUCCUAAAAAGUACUUUAAAAAAAGAUUUUGUAUGAAUUAAAAAAUCAAGAUAUUGCUUAAUUUGUGAGCUUUGUUGGUGCUGCUUGACAUUUCAGCAGAACUAUCAAACCUUUUUUUCCCAUUUUACUGCGAAGCUAAGCUAAAGUGUUGCUGGCUGUAGCUCCGCGUGUUUGACUGUCUACGCGGGAUUACGCAAAAACUACCAAACCGAUUUUCAUGAAACUCGAGUUAACUCUCGGCGACAACGCCAACAAGCAUAAAGUAUUCCUUUAAAACUAGAGAGAAGUAGAAGAAGCACAUUUCUGCAACAAAAUACUACACAUUUGUGCUUUUUUUCUUAUUAAAAAACUGUGAAGUGUCCUCGAGAAGUCAGAAAUGUGAUCUGAGAAGGCAUAAUCUCUCUUUGGUUGAAGGAGUCACAGCCGGUAGAAACCUGUGGUGAGUCGACGCUGCUGCGUUUUAAGUUUGUCUCAAAGGUUAGGAACCACUGAAAUAAACCUUGUGAAGCAAAAAAAAUGAAGCAAAGCCAUUAUUUAAUUGUACAUUGUCUCAGCAGGUGUAGGUGCACUGAAAACCUCUCAGAUGUUGAGCGAGGAUGAAACAAGUGUCAUGUGCAGCCGGAGUUAAUUAUUCAGCCUGUGAGCUUGAAGCGUCUCCUCCUGAUCUUCCUCAGAGUCCUCUCUCUUCCUGCAGUCUUCUGCCUCGAUAGAAAACGCUCUCAUAUUCAGCUUUUCUUCUUUUACUUGUCUCUUUGCUGUGACAGAACGCCCACGGCCGAGGCGGCUCCCGCCACAGCCGACCGUGGCAGGCUCAUUAUCGCAGAGCAUAAAGAAAGACGUUCAGUCCCUUUUUCUUUUCACGCGUCUUUAAUGUGGCUUGAGAAGUUAUUUUGUUUUGUAACAGAGAUCGCCUGAGGAAGGGAGGCGUCCACACAAAGAGAAAAACGGGAGAAAGUCGAGUUAAUCCUUCGUAUUUAAAUGACGUUAGCUGAUAGAGAGAGUCUGUGCUAGUGACUGUGUUGUAUGCAAGACGGAGUUAGUGUUUGUGAAAUAUACUUGUGUAGAAAUUCUAGCAUUGCAUCAGACUCUGAAAUCUGCCCAAGAUGACAUAUUAUAAGACUCAGAAUUUUCCUCAGAAAUAUUUCACAAUCAGGAGUAGAAAAUACACUUUAGGACCCUGGACUGUGGGCAGCUGUGCCACGAUUUUUGUGGAGCUGCUUGAAACUCAAGACUGACAUCAGACAUUCUCAGGCCAAGAAAACUUUCAGCAUUAAGUCAUCUGUCGAGGAUUUGUUUGCUCAGAAAAUAUUGAAAAGUUGAAAAAAACCCAACGUAAUUUACUUCCAGAAAUUGGGCAAACGUUUACAUUUGAAUGCUGGAAGUAGCUAAUUCCAAACUAAUUCAGUAAAGUAGUUGCCAAUCAUUUUUGUUAACGUAUUAGUCAACUGAUCGUCUCAAAUCUAGAUGAAUCCUUUAUCUGCGUUCACUUCUCCAGAGGUACCUGACACAUCUCUGUCGGAGGAAGUGUGCGGCAGUAUUGUUUCUGUGAUUACUGAAACGUUACAAUUCCAGUAUGAAGUACUAAACCCAGAACUUAGUGGGCUUCCACUGUGGAAAGUAUUUGAAGACGGUCUGGUGUGUUUGAUGCUUUGCGUCGUCAUCGUCACCGAGAAGCAAGAAUGUAUGUCGUUGAUGCUCGAGAAAAAAAAAAAAGGGGACGCUUGUGUUUCAAAGUGGAUUUUAAAAGGACAGAUGAAGUUUAAUUUUUAGCUGAAGGUUGGCGACCAAGCUGAGCUCUUGUAUUUAUGAUUCCUGUGUUAAAACCAUGGUCAGAUCUGAAUGCUCUGAUCAAUCUAUUACAUUGCAUUAUGUAUACAAAUACAGUACUAUACCAUUGAUAGAACGCUUAUUUAUGUUCACUUUGUUUAGUAUCAACACUGUGAUUAUAUGUAUUUCAUUCAAUUUACUUCACUUCUUUUUACAUGAUCAAUGUGUCUGGUAAAUAAACAAUGUCUUAUUAUAA